GCCCCUUCUUUACCUCCAAAACUACAAAUAAAAAAGAACAUUACACCAAAUACCGAUGACGUUGAUGAAAUUACUAAAGGUAUAGCAGACAUGUCAUUGAAUAUAGCAAAAAUGGCUAAAAACAUUAAUUCUAAGAAAGAGGAAUCGAAAUCUCAAGUUUCUAACUCACCCAAAUAUCGCAAAUCAAAGCAGACCUCUUCAGAAGAAAUUCGUGAAAUUGUUAUAGAUAUAUUAAAAAAACUAUUACCUCCAUAUUUGUUACAAAGUCUUAAACCCAAUUUCA